UGUACUGUAACUUGUUCAGCCUAUAUCUGCAUGAGUGUGUGUGCAACACGUAUGUAUAGUGUGAAUUAAAAGGAGUUUUAGUGACACAGCAAAAGAAUGUUCACGUCAGAAUUAGGUUUUCCGAAAAAUUAAUAAAAUUUUACGCGGCAGUAUCGCCUUCUGGAACCACUCCAGUUACUCGGAUCCUCGUAUUUCGUGCACUGUCCUUUUUCCCCUGUAAACAACCGAGUAUGUUUCAUCUGAGACCCUUGGUGAAGAAGAAACAGAGGAAGAAGACGGAUCGCCUAGGAAUACCGUACCAUACCAUACUGAUUGCAUCGGAGCCAAGAUGAAGAACUUCAGCGUACAAGAGGCGUACUGGAUGCUGCCGCCGACGCUAGGUAUCAAGAGGCGGCCAGCGUUCAGCCUCGGCUUCAACGACUACGUGCACAGACCCCACGGGCUGUUCGACUGCUUCGAGAUCCUGGGUGGCGUGACCGUGUACAUGAUGAUGUCCUCGACGCCGUGGAUGGCAUCUCGGGCGACGCGCUUCCUGUAUGCGUGCUCCCUCACGUGCAGCCUCUGCGGAGUCCACAUGAUCGUCUCCAGCAUGCUGAGCCCCACCUCCGCCUUCUACCUGCCGCGCACCUUCUACUACAUCCUCUUCCAAGGCGCCGGCGCCGGCUGCUACGUGAUCAGCUGCAUCUCGAUCAUGCACGAGGUCCAAAAAAUGUCAUCGCUUUGUAUCAUCGGACUGAGCACGGGAGGGCUGCACGCUCUGCACUUCACGUACACCUUCUACAAAAUGUACAUCGAACCUAGGGGCUUCGGCUUGUUCUGAGAACCUCGUUUCCUCAGCCGUAAAGCCGAAGGUCGCGAAAAAAAAGCAGCCCGGCGUUCUCAAAAUCAAUGUGCCUGCGUGUAUUUCUUUCAGCGUAUUUGGGCGUAGGUGCUUGCCAAAAUUGAAAGCUUAAUGGGGCCACUGUAACACUGCCCUUUUGUUUGCUCUCAUUCAAUGAAAAAUAAAUGAAGCCUGGAAGU